CGGCGCACGCGGACAUUAUCAGUGCUCGCGGAUCCGUCGUGGCGUCGAUCGAGCCCUCUUCCACCUAGCGACGAUAUUACGUGGCGGGCACCUCGCUGGCAUUACGAGCUCGUCCUGUGGGCGAUCCUCGCCUAAACUAAGGCCAGCGACGGAGUCAGCCCACUAGGUUUUUUAAACUCUUGAGGUUUUCCUAUUAAAAUCCAUUAAAUAUGUAACCCAAUUUUGUGAUUUUGUGCGAUAGUAUUUAAAUAGAGGGCUAGAGUAGCUGGGGAAAAAGCUCUAAGAAAAGAGGUGGAAGAGAACCAGAAGAGGUGGAGAAUGAAAUCGAUCGGAUAGUUGCCCGAUGUGGAAACUUUUGUUAUGUAUUAUUGGUUUUUUAAUAGUGAGUGAAUUUUACUGAUAAGGAUCGGUAUUAUUAUCCGUAUUAAAAUACGUGAUAAAGUAGUGGAAAUAGAUUAUUUAAUAAAUAUUAAUAAGAAAAUAGUUAUAUUGGCUGAUAUCGUGCGAGGGUAAGGAAGAGAGCCUGCGGGACGAUUUUGGGUGUUUCUACAAAGUAGUGACUCCAGACGAUAACCGAAUACAGGGUGUGAUUAAAGAGAUCCUCCCAACUCCUAUGCCUUCUUUUUUUUCCGAAGAGGUUCCUGUUAAGAGGUCGAUUAAAAGACUGAUUAUCCAGAGUAAAGAGUCUAACUACUACCUACUACCUGUAAUAUAUUUACAAAGUCACUCCUCUUUUGCUGAUAGUUAACACUAGUUCAUCAAGUUAAUGUAAGUAGGACAACUAUGUCAAGUUUAACGUUUAAAUAUCAAAGAGUGACAUUAAAUCUCGCUUUUAGGACUUUUUGAGAGAAGCUAAUUUGUAUGUAAGAUAUUUUUUUUGGAGUCACCGUUAUUUGUAAAUCAUCAGAAUACAGAUGAGUCGUCAAGGGAAUACUAAUUGGGCAGCCAGGCUCAAAGUAUCAAGACUUCCUUCCACAUCAAUCGGAUGAACUUUUAUAAAAGUGGAUCUUUAAAUGGAGGACAAUUAAAGGUCAAUCAAUACCAAGACAAGAGAUACUAACUUCCGGUUAUGUACAAACUAAUUGACGCCUUAAAACUUAACACGUGACAUCCUCAUUCACAUAUUCACAUAAACUAUCAAAUAUGAUAUAUUUAUAUGUAAGAAGAAGUACGAUCGAUAAAGACUGAAAAGCUUUUAAAGCACAGAGAACUGAUAAAAUUGAUGAAUAAUAAAUAAGUCAAUACUAAAAUACUAACAUCUUAUCAAUAAUAAUGUUAUUUAUUACAAUGACUGAUACCUGAUAAAGUUAGGAGGAAUGAUUUUAGCAGGACUUGGAGGCACAUGCAGGUUUGAGAAAGAUUGUUUCCAAAGAUGCCGGCAUUAAGUGAUCGUAUGUGACCUGUGUGUGCGUGAGAUCAAGUGAGACCGGAAGAGAUAUUUUCGGUGGCGGAAAAAAAGAGACAAGAGGGUAGAGGGAGACAAGUGGGUCGCCUCUCCUGACGCUGAAAGUGAGAAAGUCGAUCGUUGAAUGAAAGAGGGGAGUUACAGAUAGAGAAGAGAUAUAACUAGUUGAACAGAUAGGGGGAGGAAGUUUUAAUAAAAGUAGAACUAGAAAGAUAUGUCCAGAGAUCCUUACUCCUCUAGUGUGGUUGGUCCAGGCGGAGGGACUAGAUCACCUAGAAGUGGAAGACGUGUUGGUGAGCUUCCAACGGUUGAUCGCAGCCCAUCUCGAAGUUAUGCCAGCGGACGAGGCAGUCCUUUGGGUCGUAAACGCGGCACCAGAAGUGGAAACAAUUCACCUGAACAUCUCAGCUACUCUUCCAGUUAUCAUCAUCACCAGUUGAGCAGUCCAUUCUAUUCACGAGACGAGGAUCUGGCCAGUCCAGUCAUGUUAGAAGAACGCGGUAGAAGUAUGUCCACGGGGGCCACCGGUCACCACCGUUCCAGAAGCGCUUCCAGACCGGCAAUGUCUAGCUCCGGUGUCCUGUCUGCCCGGUACACCAGCUUGGAUCGGGCUUCCGCUGGUAUCCUUGAUCAUGAUCGCGAAUUUGUACCAAUUCGCGAUCCCAGGGAACGCAGCAGAGAUCGUGGGGGACUUUAUCUCGACGACGAUAUUUAUGGCUCCAGGUCUGCGAGACAGAGUCCUAAUCCCCAUAUGCUCAGGGACGGUGGUAUGUACAUUGGUGAGCUUCAGCAUCAGAACAAUGAUCUCCAAAGAGAGUUAGGAAAUUUGAAAAAAGAACUUGAACUUACAAAUCAAAAACUUGGAAGUUCUAUGCACAGUAUCAAGACGUUCUGGAGUCCUGAGCUUAAAAAGGAAAGAGCUUUGAGAAAAGAAGAAAGCACCAAGUACAGUCUCAUCAAUGAACAACUCAAAUUACUCAAUUCUGAAAACCAGAAACAAAGUAUGAUGGUAAGACAAUUAGAAGAAGAACUGAGACUGAGAAUGCGAGGACCAAGUGUAGAAAUGCAACAACAAAUGGAAGUUCUCUACAAUGAAAAUGAGCAUCUUACUCGAGAAAUAGCAAUAUUACGUGACACAAUAAAGGAGCUUGAACUGAGAAUAGAAACUCAAAAGCAAACUCUGCAAGCUCGAGAUGAGAGCAUCAAAAAGCUCCUGGAGAUGCUCCAAAACAAGGGGAUGGGAAAAGAGGAGGAGAGGAUCAUGUUCCAGCAGAUGCAGUCCAUGGCCCAGAAGCAGCUUUCUGAAGAGCUGGACGAACUCAGGACGGAGGUUCAGCGUAGGGAUCAGGAGAUUCUUGGAAUGUCUGCUAAGAUGAAGACUCUCGAGGAACAGCACCAGGACUACCAGAGACAUAUUGCCGUACUUAAGGAGUCACUUUGUGCUAAAGAAGAGCACUAUAACAUGCUCCAAGCUGAUGUUGAAGAAAUGCGACAAAGACUUGAAGAGAAGAAUCGACUGAUUGAGAAGAAAACUCAGGCUGUAUUGCAAGCACAACAGGAAAGAAAUCGCAUGAAUACUGAGCUGACCGAGCUCAAAGAUCAUAUGGAUAUCAAAGAUCGCAAAAUAAAUGUUCUUCAACGAAAGAUUGAAAACCUCGAGGACUUGCUGAAAGAAAAAGAUAACCAAGUGGAUAUGGCGCGUGCACGUCUGACCGCGAUGCAGGCUCAUCACUGCAAUAGCGAAGGUGCGUUGAGCAGCCUUGAAGAAGCUAUCGGGGACAAGGAAAAACAAAUGACCCAAUUAAGAGAGCAGCGAGAUCGUGCUGAACAGGAAAAACAAGAAGAAAGAGAACUCCACGAGCGUGAACUUGCCGAGUAUAAGAUGAAGAUUCAUGCUCUUGAAUCCGAGGUCGAGAAGCUUGGAGCACGUUUGGAACGAGCACAAGCAGAAAAAGAUCGCCUGGAGGCUAAACUAGAGAGUUCACAGUCUGAACUCGGCAAAAGUAAAGCUGAGUUGGACAAAGCAGCAUCCGAGGUGGGCCGUAGCGGUGCCGACUGGGAGGCAGCCAAACAGCGACUCACUAGGCUGGAACUAGAAAAUGAAAGAUUACGUCAUGAUAUUGAAAAAUCGUCAAGUACAUUUGGUAGAGGUACACUUAACUCCUCACAGGAAAUGGAUAGGAUUCAAGAGCGUGCUGAAAAGGCUGCAGCAGAACUGAGAAGAGCUCAAGCUGAAUUGCGAGUAACGCAAGCGGAUAAUGAACGAGCUCGAGCUGAAGCUGCUGCUCUUCAAGAGAAGGUUGAAAAAAGUCAAGGUGAAGUAUAUAGGUUAAAAGCUCGACUAGAAAACGCACAGGGAGAACAAGACAGUUUGCGGGAAGAAUAUGAUCGAGCACAGUCCACUGUUGCUAGAUUACAUUCUGAACGUGACAAAGCAGUGGCUGAGCUGGAAAAAGCGCGAGAAGAACUUGAGAGAACACAAGCGACUCUCGGAAAAGCUCAGUUGCAGCAAGAAAGACUCCAGAAUAUGCUUGACAAAGCUCAGAGUGAAGCUGAUAAACUUCAAGAACGGUUGGAAAAAUCACAAACGGAAAUAAGACGAAUGCAAAUGGAGAAAGAAAAACAAAAUUACGACUUUGAUAAUCUUCAAAGUCAAUUAGACAAAGCCUUAGGACAGUCCUCGAGAAUGCAAAAAGAAAGAGAAGCUAUUCAAUUGGAAGUCGAUCGUCUACAGGAUAAAUAUGAAAAAGCACAAGUAAUUGUUCAAAGACUGCAAAAAGAUCGCGACAGUCUGCAAGAAGAAGUAUCGAAACUUCAACGAGAAAAAGAUAAUGCACUUUCUGAAUUAGAUUUAGUAAAAGAUAGAUGGGAAAAAGCACAUAACUCUCAUCAAAAAAUAUCCAUGGAACGGGAUGAUGCAAUGACAGAGAUUGAAAUCCUUAAAGAAAAACUUGACAAAACCCAAUAUGCAUUAUCAAAAGCAAUGGAAGAGCGUGAAAAUACGAGCAAAGAAUUUGAAAAACUUAUGGCUAAAUGCGACAGAUCUCAGAGUGAAGUGUACCGCCUUCAGAACCGAAUAGAGGUAAUGGAAGCAGAAAAGGAUCGAUUGGAGUUAGAAUCAGAAAAGAAUUCACAUUUAGCUCUGAAGAGUCGUGAGGAAGCACGAAAAGCUCAAGAAGAAUUGGCACGCGUACAAGAAAUGUAUGAUCGUGCGGCACUUCAAUUAGGUAGAACAAAAGAAAACGAAGAAAAGUCAAAGGACGAUUUAGAUCGCCUAUCAGUAGACCUUGAAAUGGUUCGUGAGAGGUACGAAAAAUCACAAAUAGAAUUACGUCGCUUGCAAAAUGAGCGUGAAAAACUGGUAGCGGAUAAUGAAAGAAUAAGCUUCGAAUUGGAACGAGCACACUCACAGUUAAGUAAAGCACAAGCAGCAACUGAAAAAUCGCAAGAAGAACUUCAACGCAUGCAGAUGGAAAUUGAGAAAUUGUAUGAGAAACACGAUCGACAACAAGCUGAGGUACGUAAAGCACAAGCGGAAGCUGAACGAUUACGCUCAGAAGCAGAAACAGCUCGUGAAGAGUGUGAUAGAUAUGCCGCACGAUUUGGUAAAUAUCAAGAGAGCCAAGAGCGUCAGAAGGACGAGCAUGAGAGGGCUAAAAUGGACGUCGAGAGACUGCGGGAUCGACUGGAUAAGGCGCUUGCGGAACUGGACAGGGCGAGAAAAGCUGAACAGGACGCAUCAAGACUGCGAGCCGAUUUAGAACGAGCAGAGGGAGUACGAGGUAAAUACCAGUUCGAGCAGGAGAAAUGGCAAAGCGAGGGUAGUAGGCUACAACAGGAACUGGAAAAAGUGAGGGAGAGGUUGGAGAUACGUGAAUCUGAGUUAAAACGUAUGCAAGCUGCAUACUCGGAAUUAGAAGCUAAAUUACAUGAGGCUCAAUUACAACUCGAGAGAGCACGUGAAGAAGCCAAUAAAGCUAACUCUAAUCAAGAAAAAUCCAGGUCAGAAAUUGAGAGGGCGCGAAUUGAAGCUGAAAAAAUACGUGAUCGACAUGAUAAAAUAAAAGCCAAGUGCGACGCGCUUGAAGCUGAUAACGAGAAGCUCAGGGUUGAAAUCGUGAGGCUUGAAAGAUUAAUGCAAACUGAAGGUAAAACAAGGUCCGAGAGUGCUAGUAUUGAAGUUGAACGGCUUAGAGCUAGUUUGGACAAAGCUAUUGUAGCGAGAGAUCAAGUUGAGCUUGAGGCAGGUAGAUUGGCUAAAGAGCUUGAAAAAUCACAAAUGUUAUUAGCUAAACAUCAAGAGAUUGCUGAAACUGCUAAGAAGGAAUACGAAAGAGUACUUAACGAGCUCACGACGUUGAGAGAAGAAAGAGACACCCUGAGACAAGAGUUCCGACGUAUCCAGCAGCAACAGCAAGUUAUUGGUAAUGAAGAGUUCGCGAAACUCCAACAUGAUCUUCAGGUUACGUUGCGUGAGCGCGACAAAAUGGCAGCGAUACUCGAGAACCGCGAGAAGCACUCGGAGAAGAUUGAGAAGAUGCGCGAAAAAUUGGAAGCCGAAGCGAAACAACUUCAAAUAGAGCGUGACCAAUUGGUAAUACAAUUAGAAAAGUCACAGGAUAUGUUGAUGAACUUCCAACAGGAAUUGAACAGCAGUGAAACUGAGCUCGAUAAACAACGCGAAGAAGUAAGACGUCUUCAGCAACAACAGCAGCAACAAGCACCUGAUCGUGCUACCAAAGAAACUUUAGAAGCACAAAUGCGGGAAGUUCAACGUCUCACUCAGCAAAUUCAAACACUCACGCAGAAUCAAAACAAAGAACGCCAGCGGGCUGAACAAGCUGAAAAAUGUGUUCAGGAAUUACAAAAACAAAUCGCGUCGGCAGGAGCAACAUCAGCCAACGAUGCGCAGGUUGAACAAUGGAGAAAACUUUGCGAGACGGAAAAACAACGUGCCGAUACUGCGGAGAGAAACGCCAAUGAAUUACAGAAGAGAGUUCAAAAUUCAGAGCGUCAACUUCAUGCACAACAGCAGCAGAUUCAGCAGAUGCAGAUCCAUCUACAGCAGCAGCAACAGCAACAACAGCAAAAUGGUGCCAGCGGACAAGAAGCAAAUAAAUUACGAAAAGAUUUGGAGCGAGCACAAGAGGAAACCAAGCAGGCGAUCAUCGAGCGCGAGCGACUACAGUCUCAACUUGAGAUGCUGGUGCAGGAACUCGAAAGAAAUCAGGUGGAUCUACACGAAGCGAACAAGAAACUCCAAGCUGGCGGAGCCAAACCUGGCGCCGAUACUAGCCAGGAAAGAAAACAAUUAGAAGAACAUCGACGUCAGUUGGAAGAGCAGAGGAAGCAGAUGGAGGAACGCGCGAGAACAUCUGACGCUAGAAUGAGAGCUGCUGAAGAAAAAGAAAGGGCACUACAAACUUUAGACCAGGACUUGAAAAAGAGAAAAGCAAAAAUGGAUCAAUUGGAGCAACAACUUCAAAAAAGUGGUGGAUCGCCAGACAAAAGACUGGCAGAAAUGCAAAAAGCACUGGACACUGCAGAAAAAGAACUGGAAAGAGCGAAAGAAGAAGCUGGAAGAAGUUCGGCGGAAACAGAGAGAUUGCUUCAGCUCAUGCAAAUGACGCAAGAAGAACAAAAUUCGAAAGAAAAACAGAUACGCGAACUUCAAGACGCUCUUAAAGCCGCACAAGCUAAAUUAAAACAAGCCACAACUGCACAGCAACAAGAGAUAAAAGAAAACUAUUACAAUCCUGAUGAAAUAAAUAAUGGCAUUACUACCAAUGGUGACAUCGAAAUGUGGCGAGUAGAAUUGAAAUUAAAAGACAGGAGAAUUUAUGAAUUGGAAAUGGAGAUACAAUCGAUUGAAGACUUCCUAAAUAGCCAUUCAGAGACGAAUGGUAUCGUCGAAUUGCAAAAAAUAAUAAAGAAGAAGCUAUCGAAAAUCCAUAAACUAGAGACAACUGUGGCGGAGUUUGAAGAUUUUCUUAAACAAAAUCCUGACGUUAAAGAAUUGCAUGAUCUUAAAUGUCAAGUUGAUUUGAAAGAACGUAGAAUACGUGAUUUGGAAAGCUGGAUUGAGAGAAAUGGCGACGUGGGAAUUGAGAAAACACGUAUUAUUGAAUUGGAACAAAUGGUGACACAUCUUGAAGAAUAUGUCAAGAGCCACAACGUUGACGCGCUUAAACAAAAACUACAAGACCGCGAAGAAAAAAUAGAACAGUUAUUGAAAAAAAUUGAAACGUUAGAUAAAGAAUUGAUGAGAAGAGAGCCGAUUAAAAAUACAAAUAAUUUAUGUGACGACGAAUUACUCAAUAAUUUUGAUGAUGAUGAAAAAAUGCAGAUUAUUAAGAAGGUUAUAUAUGAUAAAGAGGUUAAAAUGAAAGAAAUGGAACAUGCGAUAUCGGAAAAAGACAAUAGUAUUCAAGGUUAUGAACAACAAGUAAUUGAGCUGCAAGACAAAAUAUUUAAAAUGGUUGAUGAGAUGAAAAGUAUGAAAAUAGAAUUGAGUGAGUACGAAGCUGAGGAUAUUGGAGUACUGAAAGAAGAGAUAAGAGUGAGAGAUGAAAAAAUUCAACAGUUGGAGGAAGAAAUAGACUCACUUGAACGGGUAUUUGGUGAUAGAAUGGAUUUAGAAGAAAUAGAAGAGCUAUUGAAUGUUAUUAAGAGGAAAGAAGAGCACCAAAAACAAUUGGAGCUUAAUCUUACUAAAGAAAAAAAUGAAAAUAAAGAGCUGAGAGCUGCACUUAGAGACAGUGUCGCGAUUGCUAAUGAAGCUGAAAGAAAAUUCAAGCAAACAGAAAAGAGUAAAAAGGAUUCUAUUGACAGGGUAAAAAAGUUAGAGCAGAAAGGAACAACUUUACAAUCAACGAACGCGUUAAAAUGUCACUCAUGCCGGUCUCUAAUUAAAAAAUUCUUAAAAUGCGAAAAGAAUUUGAAGCGCCUGAAAGAUGAAAGAAGAAUCCAACUAAAAGAUCUUCGUCACUUAAGGUGUGAAAGUUUGAAAGCAGCAUUAUCAGAAAAAGAUGCUCAUCUGGCAUUAUUAGAGCUUUCAGCAGCAAAAACGGUAACUCAAUUCGAUCAAAUGGAACUAUUGAAAGCCGAUAAAGCAAGAUUACUUGAGGAAUUAAAAAAAGAGGAUAGAAAGUGCAUAGAAUUAUCUGAAGAGGAAUCAAGUGACUCUACGACUGAAUCAACAAUUGUUUCUAAAAUUCUUGAACCCACGUUCGUCGAAGAUGAAGACUAUCUGGAUAAUUCACAAAGUGUUUCUGAGACAUCGCGAUAGGAGCUGAAAGAAGAGUUUGAAAUAUUUCUUCAAUUAUUUUUGGAACGCAUUCGUCGAUCAAUAGCAUCCGUAUUAAUCUCCACGGUCACUUCAUAAAAGCUUCCACCAAUUUGAAAGGGUCAAUAAUUAUUUAUUAAUUUGGAAUGUUCGAGAAAAAAAAAAAAAAAAAAAACAUUUAUAGUCACAGUCAAUAUAAAUUGUGUUUUUACUUUUUUUUUUGUUGAAAAAAAAUUACAGUAAAUUAUUCAGUUUUUUUUUUUAAUUUGGAUUUUACGUCACGGGUCCAAGAUAAUUAUAUUAUUUAUAUAUAAAGGGUGCCAGUGUAAUAGUAUUAAUAGUUUUAGAAACUAAAACAAGUACGGAGAUGUGAAACUAACAAGAAUAUUACAAUUAAUUUAUGUGAGGAAUAAAUUAUACUCUAAGCAAUAAUAUUUAUUUAAUAAUAAAACGUGUAAAUUCGUUGCGAAUAGGAAUAGUAAACUUUUCUGGUUUUGUGUAAGAUAUAUCAAGGCUUCGAUCUGAUGUUUGAGUGUUUCAAAUAUCAGCAGGUGCUGAAUAUCGUUUAUCAUGUUUGACAAUAAUGAUCGCAGCAAAAAAAAAACUAAAAUGUUUAAAUAUUAAAAAGGCAUCUUAUUUAAAAUUAAUAAGAAAUAUGGUAUAUAUAAUAAGCCUGAUGGAAUUACGUAAUUAAUGAAAAGCAAGUUUUAAUUAUCCAAAGUAAUUAUUGGAAUUGCUGGAUUAUCAAGACUUUGUUGAAUAAUUAGCUGAUGGUUAGAAGGUCCAUGAGAUAUAAUUAUAUUUAAUAUUUAUAUUAAUAAUAUUAAUAUUAACUAGUUUAUUCCUUGUAGCAUUAAUAUACAAAAAUACCCACGGCACUAAUUUAGUUUUGUACAUAUAUAUACGUAUUCUUUUAUAUGUUAUUAAUUAAAUACUUCAGAUUUUACAAUCUUUACUUUCUACCACUUAUAUGAUUUCAAAAUUUUAAAAAUCCAGAGACUUGUAUUUACUUAAGGCACUAAAAUAUCUUUUGUAAAUAGCUUUCAUUAAUCUUUAAUGUCUUAAACAUAUAAAUAUUAUAUAAAUAUAUACAUUGUUAAUCUAUGUAAAGAGAUUAAACCUGUCUAUUUGCUGAAAUAUAAUUAGAAAUUGAAUUAACGAAAAUUUCCGUCGAUUACUGGGUAAAA